CUUCAGUGAAGAAGUUUAAUUCUUGAAAUUUUUUCAUGGUGCAUGAACAUAAACAAAUCGGUUUUGACGACUUUGUUGCUUUUUCUAGCAGAGUUCCUGUGUAAGAUGUUGCGAACUGAAGAUAAUUUUUUAUAAAGGCCCAAAUCAUGCUGUAUUUGGAAAUGUAGUGGGUAAAAUGUCAUUGAGCACAUCAAUCAAAAUUCGGAAAGUUUUCAUCGAUGUGAUGGUGUCAAAAAUCCUUUGUAUCUUCAUAACGGCAAAAAUAUGUGAAAUAAUUUUGUCGCAAUCAUUCUGUUACUUUUGUAUUGCUCUAUAAAUUGUUAGUAACUUUUGAAUGUCCCUGCAUCAAGAUGUCCAAUGCUUUCAUCGAUAACGAAAAGAUAACCGAAACCAAGAAUACCUUAGAACAUGCCAAAGACACCACUAUGUCUUACGGAAUCCCACAAAGUCUAAGCGGAGGAGACAUCUACGAAGAACAGCCUAAGAUAAACGGUUCACCACCUCGAAUUACAACCAACAAUGAAAACUGCGAUGAAAUCAAAGAGGUGCCACAGUCAAAGGAAGAACUCGCUACAUCACAUAACACGGAUGCGUUAAACACCCAGAGUCAAGAAGAAACAUCAGAAAAUGAUACAGAAGAUCUUCCCGAACAAGAAUCAAGAAAAGAUGCAACUGAGCAAGAGGCUCCAAAAGAAGAGUGGACAGAUCUCCUAGGAAGUGGAGUGAUUAUGAAAAAAAUUAUCAUUGAAGGAAAGCCAGAUACUAGGGCAGAACGUUCAGAGAAAUGUAUUAUAAAUUAUACUGGUUACUUGGAAGAUGAGACAGUUGUGGAGUCUUGUGGUAACCUUGAAGUAUAUCUAGGGGAAUAUGAUAAGGUUAUACAAGGCCUAGAUGUUUCACUAGGGCUCAUGAAUGUUGGAGAAAAAUGUAGAUUAAAAAUACAACCUAGGUUAGCUUAUGGAAACAUUGGUUUGCCCACAAAAAUACCACCCAAUACAGCCAUAAUCUAUGAUGUUGAGUUAGUAGCUGUAGAACCUGAGCCUAAUGCUUGUGCUCUCUCUAUUCAGGAAAGAAAAAUCCUUGGGUGAGUCUGGUAUUUAUUUGAAGGCUAAAUAUAAUAGUGCACAUGCACUAGGGUAACAUCUUUAGCUAUAUCCUUAUUCAAGUCUAAACUUCACAAACAUUUUUAUACACAUACAUAUUAUCAUAGGACUAUUCUAGUGCCUUGUUACAUGGUUAUCAUGUAUUUGUAAACAGACAUUUAUGACUUUACUCAUUAGUAGUUCCUAUUAGUAAGUACAGGGGAAGAAUGAAAUAUUACUGUAUUGAAGGUCAGCAAUAAAAUUGUUUUGUUGUGUCAUAAAUAUUGCAAAUGGAGCAGACCAUAUCAGUUUAAACCAAAACUGCAUUGCAGUAUUGCGUUUUUACAUUUUAUAUUUUUUUUUAUUUGAUUUUACAUUUUAUGUGAAUUGGUAUCGACAUGACAGCCAGCAUGCCAGGAAUAGUCGCUUUCUCUGAAAAGUAGCUUAAAAACCUAUAGUGUUUGUGAUGGCCAUGAUAUGGCAGCGAUUCUCUUAGAAACAAGAAAAAAGAAAGAGGCAACUGGUGGUAUCAACGUGGAGAGAACAAUGUAGCAGUCCAGUGUUACCGACGCGCGUUAGACUAUCUGAAUGAGGUAGAAACUACUGAGAAAGAAGCCACAGAUACUGAAUUGCAGGUACUUUUGGAAAACAGAGUGAGCGUCUGUAACAACAUGGCUGCUGCGCAGAUCAAGAUGGAGGCGUAUGACCAGGCGUUGACAAGUCUUCAAACGGUUCUCUCUUGCCAGCCAGAUAAUGUCAAGGCGCAUUUCAGAAAAGCAAAGGUGUACAUUGGGAAGAAUGAUUUGCCCGUUGCAAUGCGCUGCCUGAUGAAAGCCAAAGAAUUAGCCCCGAAUGAUGCUGACAUUCAGAAAGAGAUCAACAACCUCAGUCGGAAGUUGGAAAAGCAGAAGCAAACUGAAAGAGAGUUAGCGAGGCGAAUGUUUAGCGGGACUCCACAACAGAACGAAACAAAGAGUACUAAAGGGGUAGAAAGUAAGAAGAAGAAGAGUAAACAGGGUAGCAAGGUUGGUGUUUGGGCAACUUUAGGGGCAGUGGUGGCUGUUGGCGUGGCCGGUCUGGUGGCGUAUCGUUUUAAGUACGUAUGAAGCACGUAUAGGAAAUGAAUAUUUUGCAUUUAUUAUUCUCAACGUAUGGGUUUUGGUUACUGAAAGUUAUUUGUACAUAUUUAUUCGUUCUCAAAUAAAUACUAUACCUAUUUUAAAGUUUGUACUGUUUGGUUUUUCAUAUUAUGUUUUGUAUUUGUUGAGGUUACUAUUUUUGCCAACUAUUUU